AACUCUGAUUGUGACAGUUUGCGCGCUUCUGUCAAACUUUCGGAACAUCUCGAGGUUGCAGUCGUGAAGAAAAAUCGUCCAGAAGUCGCACAGAUUAAAAUGGCAGCAACCGGAAAGUUAUCGCUUCUGACCCGCCAGCUGAGCACCAGCUCGGCCGCCGCCCAGCUCGUCAAGCCCCCAAUCCAGGUGUUUGGCCUCGAGGGACGCUAUGCGUGCGCGCUGUACUCGGCCGCCUCCAAGACCAAGUCGCUGGAGGCCGUCGAGAAGGACCUGAAGAGCCUGCAGAGCCAGAUGCGGGCCGACCCGAAGGUGCGCGACCUGCUGAUCAACCCGACCAUCAAGCGCAACCUGAAGGCCGCCGCCAUGAAGGAUCUGGCCAGCAAGGUCAAGUUCAACGCUGCCACCGGAAAUCUGCUCGGCUUGCUGGCGGAGAAUGGGCGCUUGGGCCGUCUGGACGGCAUCACGAACGCCUUCUCGCUGAUCAUGGCCGCCGACCGGGGUGAGGUCGUGUGCGAGGUCAAGACCGCCAAGCCGCUGGACGACUCGCAGCGCAAGCAGCUGGAGGGUGCCCUCAAGGCAUUCCUGAAGCCGAACCAGACCAUCCAGCUGACCGCGAAGGUCGACCCGUCGUUGAUCGGUGGAAUGAUCGUGUCCAUCGGGGACAAGUACGUCGACAUGAGCGUCGCCAGCAAGAUCAAGAAGUACACCGACAUCAUCGCGGUUCCGGUCUAAAGGGAGGGACACAAGCUGUUGUUAUAUCUUUAGAACGUGCCAGGAUGGAGGCUGCCACUGCUUUAAGAUCAGUAACGUGGAAGCCGGUGUAGCGAUUGGUGUAAUACAUGUAAUAUGAUAAAAUCACGAAUAAAAACGAAAAAUCCA